AUGCGGAACUCUUUCAGAACGUUGAAUGUUUACCCCGAAAAUUUCCAGCUCGCUUCUGGCUCCCAAGAGUACAAUGAGUCCUCUUGUUUCACUUUGACCCCAUCUCAAAAUGUUGUUGUGUUGGAUUAUGGUACAGAAGUUGGCGGGUUUCCAUUCUUCCAUGUCAACUCCAAAUCCGGAAUUGUUCAAGUGGAAGUCAAGUACACCGAAGCCAAGGUCGGCUUGGAUGAGCCUUUUGCCGAUGGGCCAUGGACCUUUUCAAAUGGGCUUGCGGGGACCUUCCGUGUCGAAACUUUUAACGUUACCAAGCCGGGCUCAGUCCAGUCCUACUUCAUUCAAGGUGGACUGCGCUGGCAGAGCCUGCGACUAUUGACUCAAGGUACCCUUAAGAUCUGUCGUGUUGGUAUCAAAUCCGAGAACGAUCGUACGCCUGUCAAAAGUCUCCCAGGAUACUUUGAAUGCUCGAAGAAGCUGUAUAAUGACAUCUGGGCCCUUGGACCACGCACAGUGCAGCAGGCCUGCAUUGAGGCUGGAACAGCACCUACAACCUGGGACGUUACUGAGAACGGUGUUCUCCUUCGUGGACAACAGCCAGCCGUGUCAGUUUUGGGUGGUGAAUUUGCCAACUACACCAUGGAGUUUGACACCAAAAUUGUGCGAGGUGGCACAGGUUGGAAAGUCGCCGCCGGUGUCGGUGGCCUUGGAGCUUACUUUGUCCUGACAAGCGAGUAUCCUGUCAAUUCUACUUUUGUCAACACCAACCGCACCAUCGUGCCUGCGAACACACUCGCUGUUGGAUACGGCUGGAACCUGGUCAACCAAACCAGCUUAACCACCGGAAAGGUGCAGCACUUCCCUGUUUCCUUCCCUGUCAAGGAGCAGGAGUGGUACACAAUCUCCACGGUGGUUAAUGCAACUGGAUACGGGGUCACUAUCAAUGGCACAAGUAUAUUUGUCCCUGUAGCCAAUCUUCAGACUGUCACUUCCUACAGCGCAUCUUCUGGGAGUCUCUCUGGAGGUACCUGGGGCUUUGGUCCAUACCAGGACCAAGUCGCUUACGUGAAAGAUGUCAACGUUUAUUCGCAAAACGCUACUCGCCUUUAUCACAACUCAAUGACUUCCGAAUCUGUCCUGGAAGAAUACGGUGUCAUGUCAAACAAGCAUAACCUUUGUCUGGAUGGAGCAAAACGUGACCGUCUUGUUUGGGCUGGCGACUUUGCUCACACGCAGCGUGUCAUCAUGGCUAGUACUGGUCGAAAGGAUUUUGUCACUGGAACCUUGGAGUACAUCAUGGCCCGUCAAGCCACGACCGGAUCCAAUGCAGGAUGGUUCAGCAUGUCCCCUGCUAUGGGUACAGCAGCGAAGUACUCCGACAUCUACAAUUCUUUUGGUCUUCUUGACUAUCAGUUCCUUUUCCUAGAUGCAUUUGCGGAUUACUAUCUCAAAUCUGGCAAUCAAACCAUCCUGAGCAAAUAUUGGACACAAGUUAAAAAGGGCGUGGAGGUCGUUCUCCCUCUUGUGGACAAGUCUUCCGGACUUGCAGUACCCGUCGGAGGCGCUUUCUUCAUGGGUUCCAGUAAUGGAACGGCUCCAUCUGCCGCUCUUGUCUACACGCUCAAGAAGAUGGCAAAGGUUGCCGAGGCCAUGAAAGACACCAAAUCUGCAUCUACCUGGAACUCCACUGCCUUGUCUGUGUCAAAUGCCAUCAACCUUCACCUCUGGAACGAACAGCUUGGAACCUAUGCGUCUGCUCUAUCCACUCCAAAUGAAACAUCUCUAGCAGGAACCGCAUGGGCAGUCCUCGCAGGUGUGGCAAAUGACACUCGUGCUAGGUCUGCCAUAGAGGCUCUCUCCUCACUGCGUAGCGGUGUUGGAUACAAAGAGUCCACCUCUACGGCAAGCUCAUCCAGUACCCAAAUUUCGACCUUCUUUUCCGGCUUCCUGCUCGAGGGUCUCUUGAGAACUAGUCAGUCAAGCUCAAUUUCCUCCAACGUGACACGAAAUGCUAUUCAAAUCGUUCUGGAUCAGACGUGGGGCUCAAUGGUUACCCAGGAUCAGUACUACACUGGAGGCUCUUGGGAGUAUGUUGAUGCCGUGGGUCGUCCUGGCUUGGGUCUCUAUACUUCCCACGCCCACCCCUGGGCUAGCUCGCCCACUUAUAUUCUGUCGGACUAUGUUCUCGGUGUUCAAUCAGCCUCUGUUGGGUACAAGCAGUGGACCUUCCGCCCUGCUCUUCUUGAUAUCGAUGUCACCUGGGCUCGUGGUCGUGUUUCAACUGCUCAGGGUACUAUCAAGGCCUCCUGGAAGCUUACCCAAAGUGGUAUUGCUUUGGAAAUCUGCGCACCACACGGUACCAGUGGUUCGGUGGAGUUGCCGUUUGCUGUGAGUUCGUACAAGCUCAAUGGCAACAAGCAUGCUGUUCCCACUGGUGCUUUCCAGGCCAGUGUCAGUGGUGGAUCAUGCCAGAAGAUUUCUGUUACACGGAAAUAA